UUCGGAUACUGACACUGUAGACUCAGGGGAGAAACAAAGAGUCCGUGCAGACCUCUGGAGUGAGCAGGGCUGCUCCUUCCUCUCAGGACAGCUGUGUGUGUGCCGGGGAGAAGAGAAGAGGAGACAGGCACUGGGAAUCAGCCUGCUGCGGGGACGGGAGAAGGUUCUCACUGAUGGACUUAUUCACACGGCACAGCCCUGUGCUUUAGACAGCAGCUGAGGGCUCAGGACGCAAGUUUGCUGAACUCACAGUUUAGAACCCAAAGAGAGAGAGAAUGUGGCAGAUUGUUUUCCUAACUUUUGGCUGGGAUCUUGUCUUGGCUUCAGCCUACAGUAACUUUAGGAAGAGCAUGGAUAGCACAGGCAGAAGGCAGUACCAGGUCCAGAACGGACCCUGCAGCUACACGUUCCUGCUGCCAGAGACCGACAGCUGCCGAUCUUCUUCCAGCCCCUACAUGUCCAACGCCGUGCAGAGGGAUGCACCCCUCGACUACGACGACUCAGUGCAAAGGCUGCAGGUGCUGGAGAACAUUCUAGAGAACAACACACAGUGGCUGAUGAAGCUGGAGAAUUACAUCCAGGACAACAUGAAGAAGGAGAUGGUGGAGAUCCAACAGAAUGUAGUGCAGAACCAGACAGCUGUGAUGAUAGAGAUUGGAACCAGCCUGCUGAACCAGACAGCAGCACAAACUCGGAAACUGACUGAUGUGGAAGCCCAAGUACUAAACCAGACAACAAGACUGGAGCUGCAGCUUCUCCAACAUUCUAUUUCUACCAACAAAUUGGAAAAGCAGAUUUUGGAUCAGACCAGUGAAAUAAACAAGCUACAAGAUAAGAACAGCUUCCUAGAACAGAAAGUCCUGGCCAUGGAGGGCAAGCACAGCGAGCAGCUGCAGUCCAUGAAGGAGCAGAAGGACCAGCUCCAGGUGCUGGUGUCCAAGCAGAGCUCCGUCAUUGACGAGCUGGAGAAGAAGCUGGUGACGGCCACGGUCAACAACUCGGUCCUUCAGAAGCAGCAGCACGAUCUAAUGGAGACCGUCAACAGCUUGCUGACCAUGAUGUCAUCGCCCAACUCCAAAAGCUCUGUUGCUGUCCGUAAAGAAGAACAAACCACCUUCAGAGACUGUGCGGAAAUCUUCAAGUCAGGACUCACCACCAGUGGCAUCUACACGCUGACCUUCCCCAACUCCACAGAGGAGAUCAAGGCCUACUGUGACAUGGACGUGGGUGGAGGAGGGUGGACAGUCAUCCAACACCGGGAAGAUGGCAGUGUGGACUUCCAGAGGACGUGGAAAGAAUACAAAGAGGGCUUUGGGAGCCCUCUGGGAGAGUACUGGUUGGGCAACGAGUUUGUCUCCCAGCUGACCAGUCGGCACCACUACGUGCUUAAGAUCCAGCUGAAGGACUGGGAAGGCAGCGAGGCGCAUUCGCUGUACGAUCACUUCUACCUCUCUGGUGAAGAGUCCAACUACAGGAUUCACCUUACGGGACUCACAGGCACUGCGGGCAAAAUAAGUAGCAUCAGCCAACCAGGAAGUGAUUUUAGCACAAAGGAUUCGGACAACGACAAAUGCAUCUGCAAGUGCUCCCAGAUGCUCUCAGGAGGUUGGUGGUUUGACGCAUGUGGCCCUUCCAACUUGAAUGGACAGUACUACCCACAAAAGCAGAAUACAAAUAAGUUCAAUGGUAUCAAGUGGUACUACUGGAAGGGGUCCGGCUACUCGCUCAAGGCCACAACCAUGAUGAUCCGGCCAGCAGAUUUCUAAAUGCCUGCCUACACUACCAGAAGAACUUGCUGCAUCCAAAGAUUAACUCCAAAGCACUGAGAGGCGCCAAUGCACAGCAGCCCCUUUCCAUACCAGGAAGUGUUCCUGGGGGUGGGAGGGUCUGUGUGUACCAGACUGAAGUGUAUCACUUAAGCCUGCACCGCUAACCAACCAAAGGAAACCCAAAGGCACUGUGGUCUGGAGAGACACCUCUGGGAAGGCUGUGGCUGAGAAUCAGGGGACAGCGUGCGGAUUCCGUCACAAGGAAGAAUGUUACAUGGGAGUUCAUCAGCAAAUAACUGGAAAACAGAACACUUAGAUGGUGCAGAUAAUUCUUGGGACCACUUUCCUCUAAGCACGGUUUCUAGUGUGAAUACAUACACAGCUUGGCUGUCACAAUGACAAGGCCGUGUCCUCGCACUGUGGCAGCCAGUAUCCAAGGACUUCUAAGCAGUGGGCACAGGUCAUCAUCAGGAAAAGCACACAGCUCACUGUCUUCCUCUUGGGUGCUUUACACGUUCAUUUGAAAACAACACCUUUACCUAUCUUGACAGCUUAGGUUUAAUGGCUGGAUACUAUUUACUAGAUGGCAAAAUUGCCCAUAUCUCUGGAGUAACCAGCAAACAAGCGCCACGUUGGUAAAUGCGGAGACUGUACUAUUUUGUUUUCUUCCUGGCUGUUAAAUAUGAAGGUAUUUUUAGUAAUUAAAUAUAAGUUAUUAGUUGA